AUGGAUAUGGCCAGUGCAUCAACGUCUAGAAGCUCUAAUCUUCUUUGCUACUUCCUCUUCGUCAUCUUGUCUUCUGUGGUGUACGUUCUUGCCCAGAGUGUGAACGUCAGCGUCCAACCGGGUCCCCCCUCCCAACUACGGGAGGGGGGUGUGGUGACUCUCCGCUGCGAGGUCAGGGACUUGAACCCGGUCACGCAGUUCCUGAGUUGGUCAGCAUUUCUGUCGCGCGCGCCCCAGGUUUUGACGUGGGAAGCCGAGAUCUACAGCACCGUGGAUGAUCCGAGCUACUCCGUUGUGAACAGCAACACCGACGGUGUCGUGGUCCACAACCUGGUCAUCAACCCGGUGGGAACAAGCCACAGCGGCGCGUACAAGUGCAGGGUCAUGCAGACGCAGACCUGGAAGUCCGUCGUUCUCACUGAAGCUCGGAUCGACAUCAGCGUUUACCCCGCCGGCGCGUUCCCGUCUUGCUCCCCAAGCGGUGCUGCGGAAGUUUCGGAAGGGGCGCAGAUGUCUUGCUCUGUCACGACAGACGUUUUGAAUGUUAGAGUUACCAAAGCCAGUAGCGAUAAUGAAGAAUAUUGGAACGCUGAGAAGCUGAGUCCGGGAAUAAGACUUAUUUCAUCUGUUUCCUCCACAGACGACAGAGUGACCUACAACUGUUCUUCGGUCCCUGCCGGCUUUCCAGACGUAACCUUGACUUGCCAGAUCGGACCGCUGUCCUUACUCUCAGUGCCCUCCCUCACGACAACGGCAGAAUCUACCCAGGACAUCUCCACAAAUCCACCUCCCAAAUCCCCUACACCCGAUGCUCCUGGAGCAUCUCCAACUACGCCUGGCAGCCGCCCAACCCAGUCUGCCGGUGCACCAGUGUCGGAGUUUUCCCCCAGCGACUCGCCCCUUACUCUCACCAAGCCACUAGAUGCUAAUGCCAAGCCACCAGUUCCUGAUCCUCCCCAGGCGGAGAAGUCUCCCAACUCAGCUACAGAGUCGCCUUCCCCUAAACCCAAGGCACCGGUCAGCUCCAGGGCGCUUACCGCCUUUCUGGUGAUCCUGGUUAUCACUGUACUUGUAAUCACCAUAGUGGCCUUCGUCCUUGAACGCAGGAAACGCAAACGUCCUUCGGAGACAGAGAGAGUUGACUACCAUAAAGUGCAAGCUUGA